AUGAGUCGUUGUUGCGAUUGUGGGGCUGAAAUGGAACCAACGCCAAUGUUGAUGCCGGAAGGUUUUGGCAUUCGCCUGUUGUUCUAUUCAAUGCCAUUAAGAGAACAUCUGAAGAGCAUCGUGAAAACUCCCAGGCAACGAGGUUGGAUUUGUGACCAAGAAAAAAGAAAAGAAAACUUAAAGAUAGAAACAUUUGCAAUGGGAUUUCUUAAAUGGAUCUUACGUAAUUUGAUUGCAAGAUUUAGUUUGAUCCCCUGCUUUCGAGACGAGAGCAUACCUCAUGCAAUAAAAUUCAGAGAUUUUAGAGGGUGA